CUUCCAUAUAUUAAAAAACAAAAGCGCCCUUCACUAACUCACAGUAAACAACAGUUCUUCAUCGUCUUCUCUCCUUUCACCACCUUGCGGAUUCAGAAUAUCUGAGGGAUUCUGUUCCAAUAUACAUCCAUGAAUCCAUUGACAUUGGUUAAGCGUAUUCAGAAUAUAAACAAAAGGGAGGCAACCCUAGGAAUAUCGGAAGAUGCUUCGUGGCAUGCUAAGUAUAGAGACUCUGCUUAUGUUUAUGUCGGUGGCAUCCCUUUUGACUUAACUGAAGGUGAUCUCCUUGCUGUCUUUGCGCAGUAUGGGGAGAUUGUGGAUGUUAAUCUAAUCCGAGACAAAGGUACUGGAAAGUCCAAAGGGUUUGCUUUUGUUGCAUAUGAGGAUCAAAGGAGCACAAAUCUUGCUGUUGACAAUUUAAAUGGAGCUCAAAUUUUGGGCCGGACUAUUAGGGUUGAUCAUGUGACCAAAUACAAAAAGAUGGAGGAAGAGGAUGAGGAGACUAGGCAGCAGAAGAGGGAGGAACGAGGUGUCUGUCGAGCUUUUCAGAAAGGGGAAUGCAACCGUGGAGAUAGCUGCAAAUUUUCUCAUGAUGAACAGAGAGCUGCUAAUACAGGAUGGGGUGCGGAAGAAGAUAAACCUUCAAGGUGGGUGCAGGACAAGUUUAAAAAUCCAGAAACGGAUAGAAGGUCUGGACGAGCUGGUAAUAGAGGUAAUGACGAGUAUCAACGUCCACGGGGGAAUGGCAAUAAUGAAAGAGCUGAGUUGAAUGCAAAAGAUGAUGAGAGAAGAGGUGUUAAAACACAGUUGGAGCAUAAGGAUACACGUGAUGGCUCAAGUACUGAUAGAAGGUCGAGAUCCAGCUACAAUGAUCCAAACUCCAAUGUUGAACGUGAUUCGAGAAAUGAGAAUCGAUCAAGAAAAUAUGAGUCUGAAUCCCAUCAUCGGGAAGACGCACAUAGUAGAGAAAAGGAAGCUGGGUCAGGUCGUGAUAGAGAUAUAUCUAGUAGUCGAGAAAAGGAAGGGAGGUCAGGUCAUGAUAGAGAUACAUAUGGUAGAGAAAAGGAAGGGAGGUCAGGUCGUGAUAGAGAUACGUAUAGUAGAGAAAAGGAAGGGAGGUCUGGCCGAGACAGGGAAAAGGAUGGCAGGUCAGGCCGUGAUAGAGAUACUUAUUCAGACCAUCAUAGGAGAGAAACAGAUGAAAGAGGUAGAUGACAUUGUUCACAUAUAUCUAUGGUUGCUUUUUUUGUUGAUGUCAUGUACGAGUGGACCUUUCCCCCUGAGAAUUAUGUACCUGAAAGUAAAAACGCAGACUGUUAGACCAAUAUUUGCCUUCACUCUAUUAGGGAGGGAUAUGUCUGAGAAAAUAUGCAGAAUUCUACUUUCGGUUUCUGUUGCAUGUAUCGAUGAUUGCAAGAACAUAAUUUUGAGGUUUGUAUUCCUAAUGGAGCAGAAACAUUCACCUUCACUAUUGAAUCUUUUGCAUUGUUUUA